AUGGAUAUCACCGCAUACGGUGACUCCCCACUCAAUUCGGGUUCAAUAGAUGAGGAUGAUGGGACUUUUGGGGCCCUUCUCCGCCAUCGGGGUUGGAUUAGCCCGACGCUGAUUGGAUUGCGAUCACGACAUCGAUGCAAACAGCCGCUGAACAGCCUUGCAAACAUCCCCAAUCAGGUCAAGUGCGGGGGCCUCGUGACUGGCUCUCGAGCACGUCACCCCAUUGAUGCCUCGUGCAUCAGGCACUUAUCGGCUUUUGCUCUGAAUGCCGGCGGAUUUCAAAGCACGAACUACUUACUAUGGAACCAAUAUAUCGGUGCUAUUGACGACUACACCAAGACAGCACUAUUACUCUAUGUACUCCGGAUGUACUACUAG